GGCCUGACAUUUGAAAGCCACGUUACCGAACCAACUCACUGACACGUAACAUACUAUUCCCUGGUCCCACACUUGGUAAUCGUAUACUUUCUACUUUCUAGAGCCUCCUCUCCUAAGUCCUAAGAGAUUCUUAACCUCUCUCUCUCUCUCUCUUUCUCUAUGGCAUCUGCGACGCGUCUGGUGCACUGCGAGCUGCGCUCGGCGAGGCCCGCGGUUCGGCCGAGGGAACCGGCCGGUCCGGUUCAGGUUACGAUCCCCAAACCCAAACCCAAAGCGGCGGAGGCGGAAGGCGCGAACAUCGUUUUGCAGCCGCGGUUGUGCACUCUCAGAUCCUACGGUUCGGAUCGAGCCGGGGUGCUUAUCAAGACUCGCAAGGAGGGUGACCAUGAUGACGUGUCACCCUUCUUCGCCGCGCUUUCCGACUAUAUUGAGAGCUCUAAGAAAAGUCAAGAUUUUGAGAUCAUCUCUGGUCGUCUAGCUAUGAUGGUGUUUGCAGCGACGGUGACAAUGGAAGUGGUGACAGGGAACUCUGUGUUCAGAAAGAUGGAUAUUGAAGGAAUCACAGAGGCUGGUGGGGUGUGUUUGGGUGCAGUAACUUGCGCAGCACUCUUUGCAUGGUUCUGCAGUGCCCGAAACAGAGUUGGUAGAAUCUUCACCGUAAGCUGCAACGCAUUCAUUGACUCUGUAAUUGACCAAAUCAUCGAUGGUUUGUUCUAUGAAGGCGACCCUACUGAUUGGCCUGAUGAACCGUGAUCAUUAAGUAUAUAUAAUUCUUACCAUCUUUGCAGAUUUAAUGUGUCUAAAAAUCAUAGACACAGUUAGAAGAUGCAAUACUAAUAAUAUUUAUAAAUAUAUAGGCAGAGGAAGAAUAGCAAAAUUGAUGCCAUCCCGAUGCAGAAGAAAAAAUAGUAACAAAAAUAAAUGAUGAAGCAUCAUAGAUGUUGAACCUAAAUGGAUACUGUAAACGAUUGUUUUCACUUUCUUAAGAAGCACUCUUAGAUGAUGAAAUAUGUUUUAUUUACAUGGGUUUAUCAAACCCCUCUAAUUAUGUGAGCUACCGUUUUCAAUUCUA